AUGGCACCACGAGGGAAAAAAGGCAAAAAUUCAGCCCUUCGCAAAGCAACUAAUGGUGGUAGUACUACCAAGAAACUUAAAGCCAAGAGAGCAAAAGCUCAAGCUGUGCGAAAAUUUGUUAUUGAAAGAAGGCGUAAAGCUGAAGAACUUACGCAAGCGUUGCAAGAAACAUUUCCCAACGUAGAAGUAAGUAUUAACCCUGAGAAAGCUCGGCCUGCAAGUUUCGAAUGUCAAAUGGUGACUGAGGAAGGCAACGAGAUUCUGUUAUGGACUGGCAUUAAACGAUUAAAGAAAGUCAAGUUUCCUGAACCCAAAGAAGUAAUUGAUGCUGCCAAAACGGCUUUGUAA